ACGCAGACCCGAGCAAGGACGUCCCUCGAGCGCUGCGAUGAUCUCUGCACCCAGCUUUGCCGUCCGGUCCUCAAUGGCGAGAAGCUCCGCUCCCACCGCUCUGGCCCUUGUCCUGACUUUCCUUUUCUCUGGGGUGCAGGGCCAGACUCCCAGGGGUCUCCAGGAGAGCACUGUCCCCUUUGAGGUGCUGAGCCAGGAGCAGGCGUUCAGCCUGGUCCAGCAAAGCCUGUUCCAGGAGCCCAAACCAUCGAACUUCUCUGAAAUCCUCCCCAAGAGCCCCAGCUCCGAGCCGCCCCUGCUGCCUGUGUGCGCCAAGCCGACAGACAUCAGGCACAUCUUCAAGUACAUCAACACCAUUGUGUCCUGCACCAUCUUUGUGGUGGGGAUCAUUGGGAACUCCACACUCCUGAGGAUCAUCUACAAGAACAAGUGCAUGAGGAAUGGGCCCAAUGUCCUCAUUGCCAGCUUGGCACUUGGGGACCUUCUCUACAUCCUCAUUGCUCUGCCCAUCAACGUGUACAAGCUCUUGGCAAAGGACUGGCCCUUUGGUGUGCAGGUCUGCAAGCUGGUCCCCUUCAUCCAGAAGGCCUCGGUGGGCAUCACGGUCCUCAGUCUUUGUGCUCUCAGCAUCGACAGGUACCGAGCGGUGGCAUCCUGGAGUCGGAUCCAGGGGAUAGGGAUCCCCAUGUGGAAGGCAGUGGAGGUACUGCUGAUCUGGGCAGUGGCCAUCGUGCUUGCAGUCCCUGAAGCCAUAGCCUUCGACAUGGUGGAGCUCAACUACUGGGAGCAACACCUCUGGGUGUGCAUGCUCGCCUCCGAACAGAAAUCCAGCUUCAUGAAGUUCUACCGCGAUGUGAAGGACUGGUGGCUUUUUGGCUUCUAUUUCUGCCUCCCCUUGGUAUGCACUGGCAUCUUCUACACCCUCAUGUCAUGUGAGAUGCUGAGCAAGAGAAACGGCAUGAGAAUCGCUCUGAAUGACCACAUGAAACGGCGCCGGGAGGUGGCCAAGACCGUCUUCUGCCUGGUGGUCAUCUUUGCACUCUGCUGGCUGCCGCUCCAUCUCAGCCGCAUCCUCAAAAAGACCAUCUAUGACCAGACUGACCCCAACAGAUGUGAGCUGCUCAGUUUCCUCCUGGUGAUGGAUUACUUCGGGAUCAACAUGGCCUCCCUCAACUCCUGCAUCAACCCUGUGGCUCUCUACUUUGUCAGUCGGAAAUUCAAGAACUGCUUUCAGUCCUGCCUGUGCUGCUGGUGCCAGCAGCCGGCUCUGAGCAUCACCCCGAUGGACGAGAAGGGCUCCGUCGGGAAGUGGAAGGCCACUGGGCAGGAGCUCGGGCUGGACCGGAGCAGCUCCCGCCUGAGUAACAAGUACAGCUCCUCCUGA